UUUCCUUUUCAACAAUACUAAACAUAAAAACCAAUAAAAUGCUCAUAAUACACAGAAUAACUCAACAUCUAACAGAAAUCUAGGAAGAAAAUGUUCGCGGCGACACUCGGAGGGAUUUACACUGCAGACGGUUCUACCAAAACUCUUCAUUCUCUCCCAGUUUCAUCAUCCGACACCAAUUACGCUUUCUCGUUACCCCUCUUUGUCAUCAAUAAUGGAAUCGGAACCAACAACAAGAACAGGAGACAGUUUGGUUCACUCAUUGCCUUAAACAAGAAAGCAUCAUACAGGGUUUUGCCAACCCAUGCAUCAGCGGCUCAUGAGUGCGAUGGUAACAGUAUUAAUCAUCAAGGAGAAGAGAGAAAAGGACACGAAUCUUCCUCCGGUAGCUCUGGUGUCAAUGGCACCGCCACCAUCAGUGUUUCUGGUGGUAAUGGAGGAGUGGCGGUGGCCAAAGGAUCAGGGACGACGGCGAGGGGGAGGAGGCUCCUUAAAAUUCGUGAAGAGAAGAGGAAACGCGAAUAUGAUCGUCUUCAUAGUUACCCUGCAUGGGCUAAAGUCCUGGAGGAUGCCUGCAAGAAUGAUGCUGAGCUCCGUGCUGUUCUUGGGGACAGUAUCGGCAACCCUGAACUCAUGAGGAAAAGGGUUGAAGAACGAGUCCGACAGAAGGGUAAAGAUUUCCACAAACAAAAAACUGGCUCUGUGUUUGCUUUUAAAGUCAGCUUUAGAGAUUUCAAUCCUGUUGAUUCCUGUAUAUGGUUUGAGCUAUAUGGAUCACCUUCUGAUCGGGAUGUUGAUCUUAUUGGUAGUGUUAUUCAGGCGUGGUAUGUUAUGGGACGUCUGGGAGCCUUCAAUACAUCCAAUUUGCAGUCAAGAAGGAGCCUUCUUUUGUUAACGAGAGAAAAAUAGGCCUUUUAAAGCUAACUCGCUGAUGAAAAAACAGAAAAGAAAUCUAACAAAUCUUGUCAUGCAUUAUCAUAAGCCACAAAUGAUCUGAUUGAAAUGAAGUCCCUUUCUCAAUAGCAUUCUAGGAUUGACUUAGCAUUGCCAUUGUGGAUUUCCUCCUAUGCUCUUUAAUUGUCAUAUUCUUUAUGCUGAUGACUUAGUUCUUCUUUUUCUUCCUAAAUUAUGGAGGGAUGUUAUUGAAUUUAUUUUAAAAUCUAUUUUCAAGGAAUUAACAAAACUAUUUAAAUUUGUUUUAAAAUCAUUUUCUGCUGAAGAUAAAAGAGUAGGACUUUCAAAUUCAAGUCAGGUAGGAAACUGGAUAUAUGAUUCUUCCUGACCAUUUAAUGGAAACUGGUUUGAACAAGAAUCGAAUAUGGAAUUUGGCAGAGGCAGAAAAGUGGAUGUGCCAGCUAUUAUCAUCCUGACUUUGAGCCCAUUUCUCCUCUAACUAGUAUGUCAGUUUUAGAUAUGAAUUUGAAAAAGAAAAAUAUUAAAAUA